GCAUUCUGGGAAUUGUAGUUCCUUAGGGAGGAGCUUGCUGAGUGGGUCUGCAUCCCUGAGGAGAUGAAUGGAAAACGGCCCGGGGAGCUCGGCCCGGGGCGGGCGAGGAAAAAAGGAAAGAAGGAAAUGAUGGCAGAGUUUUCGGACGCCGUCACGGAAGAACCCUUGAAGACACAGGUGGCUGAGGCCUGGAGCCGCAGGGCGCCGUUCAGUCACGAAGCCAUUGUCAUGGAAUUGGACCCCUUUCUUCACUGCCUGAUCCCAAACUUCAUCCAAAGCCAAGACUUCUUGGAAGGGCUUCAGAAGGAACUUUUGAACUUGGACUUCCAUGAAAAGUAUAAUGAUUUAUAUAAGUUCCAGCAGUCUGAUGAUUUGAAGAAGAGAAGAGAACCUCACAUCUCUGCUUUAAGGAAAGUUCUGUUUGAAGAUUUCCGGGCCUGGCUUUCUGACAUUUCUAAGAUUGACCUGGAACCAACCAUUGAUAUGUCCUGUGCUAAAUAUGAAUUCACAGAUGCCCUCCUCUGCCAUGAUGAUGAAUUGGAAGGGCGCCGGAUUGCCUUCAUCCUUUACCUGGUUCCUCCCUGGGACAGGAGCUUGGGGGGCACCCUGGACCUCUACACUGUUGAUGAACACUUUCAGCCGAAGCAGAUUGUCAAGUCUCUUGUCCCUUCGUGGAACACACUGGUUUUCUUUGAAGUAUCUCCAGUAUCCUUUCACCAGGUAUCUGAAGUCCUGUCUGAAGAAAAGUCACGUUUGUCUGUAAGCGGCUGGUUUCAUGGUCCUUCAUUGACCAGGCCUCCCAACUACUUUGAACCCCUCAUACCUCGGAGCCCUCACAUCCCGCAAGAUCAUGAAAUUUUGUAUGACUGGAUCAAUCCUACUUAUCUGGACAUGGAUUACCAAGUUCAAAUUCAAGAAGAGUUUGAAGAAAGAUCUGAAAUUCUCCUAAAGGAGUUUCUUAAGCCUGAGAAGUUUGCAAAGGUCUGUGAGGCUUUGGAGAAAGGAGAUGUGGAAUGGAGCAGCCGAGGUCCCCCUAAUAAAAGGUUUUAUGAGAAAGCUGAGGAGAGUAAGCUUCCCAACAUACUGAAGGACUGCAUGGAGUUAUUUCGCUCUGAGGCACUGUUCUUGCUGCUCUCCAACUUCACAGGCCUGAAGCUUCACUUCUUGGCCCCUUCAGAAGAAGAUGAGCUUGAGAACAGAAAAGAGGGAGAAGCAGCCUCUGCUGCAGAUAGCACUGAAGAAGGGACUAGCCAUGGCUUUUCUGAGCCAGAGAAUAAUCAGGUGACCACUGGCAACAGCAACCAAGAGACUGACAUACAGACAGACUCAGAGCCAGAGGAAAAUGAAGCAAAGGAUGAAUCAAGUGUUCCUACAUGCCAGGGGGAACUGAGGCAUUGGAAGACCGGUCACUACACUCUAAUCCAUGACAACAGCAAGACUGAAUUUGCCCUGGACUUACUUCUCUACUGUGGCUGUGAAGGCUGGGAGCCAGAAUAUGGUGGCUUUACUUCCUACAUUGCCAAAGGUGAAGAUGAAGAGUUGCUAACAGUGAAUCCAGAAAACAAUUCUUUGGCAUUGGUCUACAGAGAUAGAGAGACUCUGAAAUUUGUCAAGCAUAUUAACCACCGAAGCUUAGAACAAAAGAAAACCUUCCCACACAGAACAGGCUUCUGGGACUUUUCAUUCGUCUAUUUUGAAUAACAGGGCUGGGCAAAGCUGAACAAAGAAAUAAUCCUUCAUCAGUACUGGGAAGUCUGGAAGAGCUAGGCCUGGUGUAAAGGAGAGCUAGAUGGUGGUCUCACAGUGUUCUGAAAACUGCAUUUUGGUGGUUUUGUAAUGGGACUCAUGAUGAUUGUCCUCAAUCUAGACCUAGAGCUUGAAGCUAAGUACUUAUCUCUUGAUUAAAAAAAGAAAAAAAAUUUUUAACUUUUAGUUCUUUGUUUUUACAUUGGCUUCUUUAGUGAUUUUAUUUUUUAUACUCAUAAAUGAUUGCAGAUUCUGCCCUUCCCAAUCACACUGGUUUAUAAACUAGAGCUUUAUAUCCUAGUCGUGCUGGGCCUUAGCUAUCUGACAUGAUUUCAGUCACUUUACUUCCUCCUGCUUAUGUCUUUGUUCCACUGUGACUUCCACAGGACAGUGUGGACUUGGAUGAUGUGCACGAUUGGAAAAGGUCUGGCCUAAAACCAUAUGGCCCCAAGAGGCUUCUGAUUGGUGAGGAGAGGCUGCUUAUGCCAUGCGUAGUUGUGUACAGGUGUCUGCAGCCUUUCAUCGUGGAGUAGUAGCUUUUGUAUUACUAAAUGAUUCUAGCCCCUCAUGUGGCUUUCAUUUUCCUGAAUAAUUUAGGGUCGCCUGUAAAUACCAGCUACCUUUUUUUGUGUGACAUUAAUUUUUGUUUUUCUUUAAUGCUAAAAAGACACAUCAAAAUAACCAGAGGCUAUCCAUUUUGUUACAUCUUUUUUUCUUGAAGUGUCCCUGGGGGUUAUAUAUGAAUAACUAUCUGUGUGGGUGUGCAUGUGUGGGUAUUAGGUGUUAUUCUAUCUUUAGUUGAAAGAAGCUGUUUUCAUUAAAAUCCACGACUAUCUCUG